GAACCCUUCAGUCUGCAGGCUGACGCUUUAUCCACUGAGCCAAACUGGCCAGGGCAGAAUGUUUUGAUUCUGGCUGGGGUAGAAGCAGGGGUCUUCUUCCUGGUAGAGGGUUUCAGGUAUAUCAGAGCAAUAUCUACAUCAGGAUUGGGAAUGAUGACAAGAUUACAAAUAUAUCUUGACCUUGAUAGGUCUUUAAAUUGAUAAGAGUUUUUAGAAGGGAGAGAAGUCAUCUUCAUGGAAGAGGUACAUUGUCUUAUUCUGUCUGUGAGUAUGCAAGAAAAUACAUUAGUGUGAGGCCCGGAAAUAUGCUUUAUUUUAGUAGCUAAUAUUCAAAAAGCAAAAUUCAUUUUAUCAACUAUGUUUCAUUGUCUGUGAUGGCCUGCCAAUAACUUAGCCACAAACCUAGUCCAGAAAAGAAACCAUAGUCCAGUUUAGAGUGUAUUGAUAUUGAGGGUCAUAUAUAAGAGCCACUCAUUUGAUCUUAUCCUAUAAAUCUGUGAUGGUGUCCUGUUCUUUCUGUACUACUCAGCUUAAUAGGCAGACAACCUUUAGGGAGUUAAAGCAGCUUAGUUAUGUAUCCUGUUAAUUCAAUUCUGAUUCCCAUGGUCUUGUUUAGUUUUUCCUUUUUCAUAAGUGCUGUGCUUCUAUAGUAUUUUCACACCUGUCCAGAUUGUAGCCUUAAAAACAAAACCAGAAAAAACCUAGAGUAAUUCUUUAUAUUAACUAAAAAGUGAUUCCUACUGAAGUAGAGAAAUCCUAAUCAAGGUGGUUCUUUUGUGGAGAUUCUUUCAUCAGUUCAGCAGUAUUUACUAAAUGCCCAAUAUGUGCCAGGCAAUGUUAUAGGUUUUGAAACUACAUCAAUGAAUAAAAUUGUCUAAAAUACUUGCCUACAAGGAGCUUACAUUCCAUUGGGCAAGACAGACAACAAGUAUAAUUAAAAAGUGAAUUAUAUACUAUGUUAGAAGGUAGUAACUGCUAUGGGGGAAGACAAGAUAGAUGGUAACAUGGGAGUGUUGCAGUAAGGGUGGGGUAGUAAUUUUAAAUAGGGUAGUCAGGGCAAACCUCACUGAGAAAGUGACAUUUUAGCAAGGACUUGAAGGCGGUAAUGGAAUAAGUCACAUGAAUAUCUGAGCAAAGAACAUCCCAGGAUAGAGCAGCCAGUGCAGAAUUUUUGACUUAUGUUUGAAUAUUAUGGUUGAUGAACAGAGAAUCACUGUGACUUAGUGCAGUAAGUUAGGAGUUGAAGGCAGAGAGGCUGUGAGCAUUGAGGAGGCCUUUUGGGCUACUAUGAGUACUUUGGCUUUUAUACUAUGUGUAAUUGAAAAUAAACCCUACUAUGAUCAAAUAAGUUUUCUUCUUUAGAGAUAUAGGGUCAGGAGAAGGUAAGCAGUCAGAGAAGGAACUUCUAGUCUUAGGAUAGCAUAAAUUAAUGUGGUAUCCUAAACAUAAACUUAUAGCAAAACAAAUAAUAAGAUUUUUGCUGAUAUUUUCUACUUUAUUUUUGAUUGUAGGGACUUUCAGUUACCUUGAUGAUGUCCCAUUUAAGAUAGGAGACAAAUUCAAAACACCAGCUAAAGUUGGUCUACCUAUUGGCUUCUCCUUGCCUGAUUGUUUGCAGGUUGUCAGAGAAGUACAGUAUGACUUCUCCUUGGAAAAGAAAACCAUUGAAUGGGCUGAAGAUAUUAAGAAAAUCCAAGAAGUCCAGCAGGAAGCAGAUCGCAAGGCUGAGGAAGCAGAAGCUAACGUGAAUUCUAAGAGUGGCCCGGAGGGUGAUAACAAAAUGAGCUUCUCCAAGACUCAAAGUACAGCCACAAUGCCACCUCCUAUUAACCCCAUCCUUGCCACCUUACAGCACAACAGCAUCCUUACCCCGACUCGGGUCAGCAGCAGUGCCAUGAAACAGAAAGUUCUCAGCCCACCCCACACAAAGGCAGAUUUCAAUCCUGCUGACUUUGAGUGUGAAGAAGAUCCAUUUGAUAAUCUCGAGUUAAAAACUAUUGAUGAGAAGGAAGAGCUGAGAAACAUUCUGGUAGGAACCACUGGACCCAUUAUGGCUCAGUUAUUGGACAAUAACUUGCCUAGAGGGGGCUCUGGGUCUGUGUUACAAGAUGAAGAGGUCCUGGCAUCCCUGGAGCGGGCAACACUAGAUUUCAAGCCUCUUCACAAACCCAAUGGCUUUAUAACCUUACCACAGUUGGGCAACUGCGAAAAGAUGUCGCUGUCUUCCAAAGUGUCCCUCCCCCCAAUUCCUGCAGUAAGCAAUAUCAAAUCCCUGUCUUUCCCCAAACUUGACUCUGAUGACAGUAAUGAGAAGACAGCCAAGCUCGCAAGCACUUUCCAUAGCACAUCCUGCCUCCGCAGUGGCACGUUUCAGAAUUCCCUAAAGCCUUCUACCCAAAGCAGUGCCAGUGAACUCAAUGGUCAUCAUACUCUUGGGCUUUCAGUUUUGAACUUGGACAGUGACACAGAGGUGCCAACUCUGACCCCUUCUGAUAUCUCCCAGAUGCCUUCCCUCUCUGUCUUGUCUGUGUGCACAGAAGAAUCUUCAUCUACAAAUACAGGUCCCACGGCCACACCUCCUAAUUUCUCAGUGUCACAAGUGCCCAACACUCCCAGCUGUCCCCAGGCUUAUUCUGAACUGCAGAUGCUGUCUCCCAGUGAGCGGCAGUGUGUGGAGACAGUGGUCAACAUGGGCUACUCAUAUGAGUGUGUCCUGAGAGCCAUGAAGAAGAAAGGAGAGAAUAUUGAGCAGAUUCUCGACUAUCUCUUUGUACACGGACAGCUCUGUGAGAAGGGCUUCGACCCUCUUUUAGUGGAAGAGGCUCUGGAAAUGCACCAGUGUUCAGAGGAAAAGAUGAUGGAGUUUCUUCAGUUAAUGAGCAAAUUUAAGGAAAUGGGCUUUGAACUGAAAGACAUUAAGGAAGUUCUGCUAUUACACAACAAUGACCAGGACAAUGCUUUGGAAGACCUCAUGGCUCGGGCUGGAGCCAGCUGAGACCAGGCCCUGCCUAAACCCUGCCACGGAACCACCCCUGCAGGAGGCCCUGAGGAGCCCACCUGUGGGGAAGGAGAAGGGGCACACGUCCAGAUUUUCUUUUGGGGGUGGAAGGUCAGGUGUGGAGACUACUUGCCAGUCUCUAUGAGCUUAGGCCCUGAGCUGGGGAGAAAGUGGGAAAGAUUUGGGCAUGUGAAUGCCCUUAGAACUGUUUUGGCUCCUUCCAUAUUAAAUGUAUUUGUAUUUUUGAGAAGUGUCCUUCCCACCUUGGCUCUCCAGAGAUGUCUCUGGUUUUUCUGGGGGUCUGUUUGUCCUCAGCUGAAACCUGGCCUGGCUGCCAAAGGAGUCGUGGAGAAAGGGUGGGAGGGCCAGACUCAGUGCUGCUCUGGGGCUAGCUGCUUCCCUCCUCUGCACUGGUAGACUGAACUCUAAUCCAGGUUGAGUGCAAUUGAAAGGUUCUUCCAGGGUUUAUUUUUCCCCCUUUUAACAAAGUCUCUUAGUGUUACACUGGUUCUGCAAUGUCACUGAGGUGCAAAGAAUGCCCUUUUCUCCAUGGGGUCCUGAGUUUGCCUCUUCUGCCAGGCAGUUACCAUGCUUCCCUGACCCAGCCUAUUUCUUUUGGUUUGGUUUGGACCACAAUCCUCUGCUACCAGGAUUUUAGAGCCUCUUGCUCUAGGAAAGUUGUCACAUUAAGAAAUCAUUGGCCCCUUCCCAGCACAUUGAGUUGGGGAGAAACAGACCAUGAUUUAGUUGUCCAGCACUAACUCCACCUCAGUUCUCUUUGGAGAACAGCCUCUCCCACCAGCCCUCUGCUCUAGGAUGAUACAAUAACACCUAGUCAUAGAAAUCAGUCUUUUUGGUUUGUUUUAUAUUAUGCUGUACAUCAUUAAAGAUCUAAAUACAAAGGAUAUACAGUCUUGAAUCUAAAGUAAUUUGCUAACUAUUUUGAUUCUUCAGAGAAAACUACUAAUAAAAAUCUAAAAGGUA